CAUUAGCAUAGCAACAUGCCCUUUACGUAGCUGCCCCAAUAGGCUAAACUGUGUCGGGAUGUAUUCGCUAAAAACGCGGCUGGUCUUCUACAACAGAGCGUUAGCGACUUUAAAAAAUACGAAUGUCGUUCACGUCAAGAGAACUCUUUAUCUGCAUAGAUCGCCUCUCUUCACACGUACAGAUGCCCGGUGGAUUGUACGGCGGCAUUCGUCCAAUUCAGUGGCGGCGACCGGAGAAGAUACUUUCCUAAAAUGGUUCCUGCUGCUGAUCCCGGCCGCCACCUUUGGCCUCGGUACCUGGCAGGUGAAGCGUCGCCAGUGGAAAUUGCAGCUGAUCGACGAUCUGACCAGACUCACCGCGGCCGAGCCCGUUCCGCUGCCCGUCGACCCCCUGGAACUGACGGGGCUGGAGUACAGGCGGGUGCGAGCGCGUGGCCGCUACCAGCACGACAAGGAGCUGUACGUCCUGCCGCGCUCGCCCGUCGACCCCGAGAAGGAGGCCAGGGAGGCGGGACGGCUCUCGUCCAGCGGCGAGACGGGCGCCAACGUGGUCACGCCGUUUCACUGCACGGACCUCGGCAUCACCAUCCUGGUGAACAGAGGCUACGUCCCCAAGCAGAAAAUUAAACCGGAGAGCAGGAUGAAAGGCCAGGUGGAGGACGAGGUGGAUGUGGUCGGGGUUGUCCGGCUGACGGAGACCCGCAAACCCUUCAUGCCCAACAACGACCCCGACAGGAACCGAUGGCACUACCGCGACCUAGAAGCCAUGUCGGACGUGACGGGAGCGCAACCGAUGUUCAUCGAUGCCGACUUCGCCAGCACCAUCCCAGGCGGGCCCGUCGGCGGGCAGACGAGGGUGACGCUGAGGAAUGAACACAUGCAGUACAUCAUCACCUGGUACGGCCUGUGCGCGACCACCGCUUACAUGUGGAAGUUGGUGAUUGAAAUUGCAAGCUCAGGGGUUGGACUUGAAAUCACAUGAAUUGUUGCCAUUGCU